CCCAUUAAAUUCACAAUGAGUGUAUAUGACUGAGAAACCAAUGUGAUAGAGAAAUUUACAAAACUAGAAGGAAAAAAAAAAAAGGAGAAAAUAAAAAAAAUUAGAACCGUUUUGUGAUUUUUGUUUUACUUUAUCCAUUUUUUAAAUAAACAAAUACCGCUUUAGUGUCUUCUCAUCUUUCUUGUUCCCAAUUUUCAACACACCAACCAUGGCGUCUUCAUUCUCAACCCAAUUGCUUCAAUCUCACAACCCUCUUUACCAUCUCCAGGGCAAUUUUAGCCAACAUGUAUCUAUGGUUCCAAAGUCACAUACCAUAUCACAGAUUGGUUACACUAAAUCAUUUCCAUUAAGAUCAAAUUUUUCUUUGAAGUUUUCAACCACGCAACAAUCUGGAGCAAGAUCAAUUACAUACAGGAGGAGAGUCACAUGUGCUGCUGCUGCUGCUGAAAAUGUUCAAGAGCUGCAAGCCAAAGUGACUACCAAAUGUUUCUUUGAUGUAGAAAUCGGGGGUAAACCUGUUGGCAGGAUUGUUUUGGGUUUGUACGGAGAGGUUGCUCCUAAAACAGUUGAAAAUUUCCGUGCUUUGUGCACAGGAGAGAAAGGAUAUGGUUACCAAGGAUGCUCCUUCCAUCGUAUAAUCAAAGACUUCAUGCUUCAGGGAGGGGACUUCACUGAGGGAGAUGGAACCGGCGGAGAAAGUAUUUAUGGUUCUAGUUUUGAAGAUGAGACUUUUGCCUUGAAACAUAUUGGUCCUGGAGUUUUGAGUAUGGCAAAUGCUGGUCCUAAUACUAAUGGUAGUCAAUUUUUUAUUUGCACCGUAAAGACUCCAUGGUUAGACGAUCGACAUGUUGUGUUUGGACAUGUGAUUGAUGGAAUGAAUGUUGUGAGGACACUUGAAUCUCAGGAAACAAGCAGAUUGGAUAUCCCUAAAAAGCCUUGUAGAAUUGUUAAGUCCGGAGAACUGCCUAUAGAUGGUUGAUGCUUAUGCGGGAGUGAAUCACAUGUUUCCGUCUGAGUACAAUUUUCUAUAUUUUGAAUGUCCUCUAUUGAACAUGUUAACAAGUUUGUAUUAUCAUUGGUCGCUGCUUAUUGGUUGUCAUUUGGAGACACAGCAGAGAAAAAACAUCCAUGUUUUGUUUUACUAGACUAAUGUUGAAUCCUUAUAGUGAUAAACUGAUAAUAUUAUCUUUUUCAGUUUA